ACUUUUACCAGCUUUUUACUGCAAAAAUACUACGAAGCUGUAAAGUGUAAAAAGAUAUAUGAAGUUUUAAAUUAAAUUCGUGUAUAUGUCCAUGUGCUAAGUACAUAUACUGUUUGAUAAUCCUUGCAAGCAAAUGUGGUAGUCUGUUAACAUGGAUCCAUCUGAAGUAGAUUUCCUAAGUGAAAAACGUCAUGUCAAAAUUUUGCCUAAUUUUAAAGAAGGUAGAAUCUUUCUCAUCAGUGGUGAUAUUGGUCCAUUUGAGCCAGGCUUAUCAACCAGUGUCCCAUUAUGGAUGGCUGUAAAUUUGAAGCAAAGGAAAAAGUGUAGAAUAAUACCUCCAGACUGGAUGAAUACAGAUCAGUUAGAGCAGAGAAAAGAUGAUGAGAAAGAGCGAGAAUAUUUCACAGAAAUGCCAUCCAAGAGUUACUUAGAAGUUGCAUCCUUAUUGCUCAAAAGCGCAAGAGAUGACAUUCCCCAUGCAGACGAAGUUCAGACGUUAAUUAAAGAUAUCUGGGAAAUCAGAAUGGCAAAACUUAGAAAAAGUAUCAAUAUUAUGGUACAAGAAAAAGAAACUCAUGCGAGGCUGGAUAAUUUGACUGAAAUGGAAAUUAACACGAUACGUCCAUUUCUCACGUCAGCGUUAGAUCACAUGCAUCUGCUCCGUGUUAAUGUCGCCUCGAACCCAAGGACUGGUGCUGAUUAUUAAGAUCUUCAGUAAACACUCAACAGACUAUAGAUAUUUAGAACCAAAUUUGUCAAUUAGUUACGAAUUAUUUCCUUUUGAAUAUUUAAUGGAACAUUUGCAUUAUCGACUACUUUUUAUCUAUAUGCAAGAAAAUGUAAUUAAAUCACCGGAACUAAAAAGAGUGGACUAGUAAAAAUGCAAAGU